UCCACUGGAAGCAGGGGUUUAACCGGGUGUGCUCCUUGUAUCUCUCCGUGCUUUGCGGCGUUUGGCAGGCAGCGAUGGCGGAAGCGAUCAUUGCCGACUGGAUCUCCGACUACAGUGCACUGCAGGAAUCGGAACUGCGCACGUUUGCCGCCCAGCACGAGAAUGAUUUCGAGAUCUCGAAGGCACUGUACACCAUCCUGAACGAGCGCACGAAAUAUAAGGAUCUAAUCCAUCCCAUCUGCAAUCAGCUGUGCAAUUUCUACCGCUCGAAUGAGGUCGAACUGCGCCGGUUUACGCUACAGUUUGUGCCGAUGUUGAUAUAUCUGUAUCUAAACUCAGUGGCACUCGGCGAUAAAAAGGGCUGCCGUUCGAUCGAAACGCUACUGAUCUGCAUUUACAACAUUGAGGUCAGUUCGGACGAUGGCAGUCCGAAGGUGGUCUCCUUUCGGAUGCCCGUCCUGGCGCAGGCAUCCGUCUAUCAUGAGGAAAAAAGCCUACAACCGAGUGAUUUGCGGCGAUGGGAAGAGAAUAGCAAUAAGGAUAUCAACUGGGGUCCACUACCGUCGAUCGAAUCGAUCAACGCGCAGAACCGGCUUAAGGUGAUGACGGCACUGCUCUUUACGUACAAUCAGCAGCUAAAUCAGAUCCACAAACCUGCCCUGUAUCAUCUGUGCAAAACCACCUCACUGCUGGUGAACCAGGGCUUUCCGAAGAUUCCGGGCGGUCAUAUGCAUCGUUCAUCGUACGGUACCGAUCCGAUCUCACCACAGCAACCGAUGGCGAUGGCUGCCCCGUCACAUGUCGUUCGGCCACCGCCACGGAUCGCUGUAAACGCCCAGUUCCUGGUGGAGCUGGCGCACGCCAACUACUUCGCCAUGUUCAACGAGUUUGCGUCGGCGGCGAUCGAAGCGGUGACGGAUCUGCACAGCCGCGCAUGCUACGAAAUGCUUCCCGAGGUGAUACUGGUAACGAAUGCGAUACGCAACUCGUUGCAUGCGAAUCCUUCCGGUCAACCCAGUGACGGUCCGAUGGGUAUUAGUGUAGCGCUGACACCUGCCACCACGACCGUGACGGUGUCGAAGUCGAUGAUUACGAAUGCCUCCUUCCGCACGAAGAAGCUACCAGACGAUAUUCCAAUACAGGGCCCAACGAAGGAGGAAAAUGGUGGCCCACACCAUCUAACCAGCAUCAACGAAGAGGGUGAAAGUGGGCAACCGUCGGCGGACGGUAGCACCAAGGGUGCGGCCGGUGGUGGUACGGCGGGUGCUAUGUCGGGCACACCGGGCAAACCGAAGGACUCCAAGACGCAUAAGGUGCUGGGCGGUUUCAAGAAACUGAAACCGGAAAAGGAUAAGGAUAAGGAGAAGGAUAAAGAUAAGGACAAGGAUAAGGAUCGGGAUAAGGAGGGAAGCGGCACGACACCGGUGGUGCUGGUUUCGACCGGUUCCGGUGGUGGUGUGACGCUUCCGGUGAAUAGCAGUACGGUAGCGGCGACGGCCGGCAUUACCGUCGGCGGAACGUCACUCGUCGAGGAAGCAAAGGCACUAAUGUCAUCGGCGAAGAAGAUUAACUCGAAGGAGAAAUUAAGUGCUUCCGGUGUCGGUGGUGGCCAACCGGCAACCGUAGUCGUGCUCUCGAAUGGUAGCAUCCUGAUGGGAUCUGGUCCGGCCUGCAACACGACGAACGGCGACAGUUCGGACGGUGCGGUAACAACGCUUACGGCCACGGGCACGGCAAACGGUGGACUCGGCAAGCAGUCACUUGACAUUGGCGAAUCGUUCGAUUCGGGCAGUGAGUUGCUGCAGCAGCACGGUCCAACCACGACCAGCAAUGGAGGCAACACGAUAAAAACCACCGUGCUGGAUAUGAAAAACCACGGCAGUAUACAAGUUAGUCAAGUUUAG